AUGACAGCCUUCCUCAGUCGAAUACGUUCAGGCGCGACUCCGUCAAGCUUAUCCUCCGGAUCAGCGCCUUCCAAAAAAGACUCAAAUGCCCUACAGUUGACACCCCUUGAGCGACAUCUCCUCGAUUCAGGCCCUAUACGAGAAGAUGGAAGUGAUAAAUUCUGGGGGUUGGAGAACUUUGGCAACACAUGUUACGCUAAUUCGAUUCUGCAAUGUCUGUAUUACUCCGUACCUUUUCGAGAUUCUGUUAUAAGCUAUCCAACGCAAACAUCGGCGGAAUCCGUAAUAAGCAGUCCGACUGGGCAGCAACGAUUGCACACCAACACGACUAGUCUACCACUCAAUCACCCUUCCCUGGCUUACGCGAAGCUUAUGAAUCGCCAAACGACACCAAAUGCUUCUGCUCGCAAUCCAGCUGGCCCACCAGCUACAAAUAAGCCAGAAGACAAGGAGCACCCUGACUACAAGAAAAAGGUGGCCCAGACGAGAGGCCCGACCAUUGCUCUGAAUUAUGAUAAUGCAUCAGCUUAUGGAAUGUCCGAGUCCCUAUUCACUUCUCUAAAAGACAUAUUUGAAUCGCUUUACAUACAUCAAUCCCGCACAGGGGUAGUUAGUCCGUCAAGAUUUCUUGAAAUACUGAAGCGGGAUAACGAGAUGUUUCGAUCCUCUCAACAUCAGGACGCGCAUGAGUUUUUAAAUUUACUACUGAACGACGUGGUGGAAAAGGUCGAAAUCCACUCGAAGAGUCUUGCGGAGCAUGAAGGUCUGAAUGGUCAUGUGGAAAAGUCAGAGUUCGAGAUAGCACUUGCUGAAGCCAUGCCUCAGGGCAAAAGCCCUGCUGGAGGGGUGCACGACCUCUUUGAAGGUACUCUGACAUCGGAGACGAAAUGUUUAACCUGUGAAAAUGUCUCGCAAAGAGAUGAAGCUUUUCUAGAUUUGUCAGUUGAUUUGGAAGAGCAUACCUCGGUUACAUCAUGUUUGCGGAAGUUCUCAGAAGAGGAGAUGCUUUGCGAGAGGAAUAAGUUCCACUGUGACAACUGCGGAGGUCUGCAGGAAGCGGAGAAGCGGAUGAAGAUUAAAAGAUUACCCAAAAUUCUGGCUCUGCACCUCAAACGGUUCAAGUUUACAGAUGACUUCACCCGGCUCCAGAAACUGUUCCACCGCGUCGUCUAUCCAUAUCACCUCCGAGUCUUCAACACAACGGAGGACGCGGAAGAUCCUGAUCGUCUGUACGAGCUUUACGCUGUGGUCGUGCACAUUGGCGGGGGCCCGUACCACGGCCAUUAUGUUGCAAUCAUCAAGACUCAAGACAAGGGCUGGUUACUAUUUGACGAUGAGAUGGUCGAGCCGGUAGAUAAAAGCUAUGUGCAAAAUUUCUUCGGUGAUUCACGAGGACAGGCUUGCGCAUACGUAUUGUUCUAUCAAGAGACAACUCAAGAAGCGGUUAAGCGAGAGCAGGAAAUCGAGGGACGAGCUCUUCUCCCAAAGCAUGUGGAUCCUCCUAAAGAACAUACCGGCCUUGGUCUCAAAGCAAACGGAUUCCUUAAUAGCAUCCAUCCUGUCAGAAGCGCGGCAUCUCCUGCAAGCCCAGACGAGCGAGUUGAGCCUUUGGACAAAGUUAUUUCAGAGCCUUCGUUGAGCGUCAUACAACCCGUGCAGUCGUCCGGAGAUUUUACAGCUUUACCGCAAAUCACAACUUCCGAAGGACCAACAGACGAGCUCAAAUCAAAGAAAGAGCGCCAGAAAGAAGAUAAAGAGCGUAAAGUAGCUGCUCGGCAGCAAGCCAAGGAGGACGAGAAGGCGGAUCGAGAGAAACGAAAGACCUUCGAACUAAAACGGCGCGAAAUCCAUAAAAGGCAGGAAUCAGAGACAAAGCAGGCAAUUGCAGCUAGCAAAACAUCCAAGGUUGAAGAAGACAAGAAAUUAACCACAGAGAGCGGCACGGACAUUGCAAAUCAUUCAAACCCUUCGGUCCCCGUCAAUGGUGGCCUAAGUCGAUUUAAGGCAACCGGUAAGAGCUUUCGAAAGCCAAAGUUCUUGGGCGGUAACAAGGACAAUCACAUAGACGGACCCGAGAACAUCCCCUUUGAUUCCGAACGUACACCAAAGCUGGUGGAAAAACCGCCAGACAAAGCAAAACACAGAUUUAGUUCCCUCCGAAAGAAAACCUCGAAUAUGAUGUUAUAA